AUGACAAUAGUGAUGCGUGGAAGCCCAGCUGGAGGGGAUUCCCCUCAAGAGAAUUCCCCUCCCCAGACAGGUCAGGCUCCCCAACAACAACAGCCAACAACACAACAGCCACAACAGCAACCCCCGACUUCACAACCCUCACAGUCACAACAGCCUCCUAAAGAAGCUCCACCACAACAGCAGCAGCAGCAACAACAACAACAACAACAAUCCACCAGUGGAUGUCCAGUUCAGAUCGCGACCCAGCACGAUGAAGGAGGUCAAGGUGAUGGAAUAGUGCUACCAGCUGAUGACCAAGAACCUGAAUUCCCCCAUGUGGAGUUGGCGAAACUAGAUGAAAUGAUUAACCGACCACGAUGGGUGGUCCCAGUGCUGCCAAAAGGGGAACUCGAAGUUCUGCUGGAAGCUGCAAUUAAGCUGAGCAAAGAUGAUUUUGUUUAA